AUGACUACCACUUCUUCCGGCUCUGGACCUCCUUCUCUACCUUCGGUUCCUGUUCCGGUUACUUUUCACUCUCCUGGACCCUUGAUGUACAAGAAUCGUUUGCAAGAGUUUACAUCAAGGUCUGGCAUUGCAAUUCCUGUGUAUCAAACUGUUAAUGAGGGACAGGCACAUAUUCCGAAGUUUAGGUCAACUGUAUGGGUGGCUGGGACUAGUUACACUUCUCAAUCCACAUUUCCGCAGAAAAAAGCUGCUGAACAAGAAGUAGCUAGACUUGCCCUGGAAACUAUCCUUCAGAGGACCAGAAAUGAAGGACCAUCUCUUGUCAGUGAGAUUUCUCCCUUUUGCAAGUCUAUCAUAAAUGAAUAUGCUGCUAAACUGUAUAUAGAAAGACCUACGUACAACACUGUUCAGAACCGACUAGGAGGGAUGCUUCCUGUUUUUACAACAUCUUUAGUUUUCAAUGGUACAAGUUACACUGGUUAUGCAGCUAGAACCAAAAAGGAAGCUGAGCAGUCAGCAGCACAGGCUGCCAUUCUUUCAAUUAUGGGUGAUUCUAGCUCAGGAACUAAACUCAUUGAGUUAAUUAAGUCGAAGUCUAUAUUUUAUGAUGCAAUCAAAGGAAAGGGCCUAUCUCUAUUACAGGCUACUGCAGUAUUAUCUAUGGAAAAUUCAGGACAUAUCUGUGUUACACUAGAUCAUAAAGAUACAGUAAAUGCAGGUUCUGUGGCUGACAAUAAUGAAGUUAAAGUUGAUUAUCCCGAGUCUUCUAAGGUGCAUUCUACAUGCCAAGAAUUUCAACUACCAAAACAAGAAUCUUCCCUUCAGACCACCAAUUCUUUGAAACCAGGUUCGACACAUUCCAUUGAGAAUGAUUCAAGUUCAAAAAAGCGGAGAAAGAACAAGAAGAAGGCUAAUAAGAAGUCACGGUUGGAAUCUCCGUUACCGAUUACUGCAGUUCCCAUGAACCAAGUCCCCCCUCCAUGUACUGCAGUUCCCUUGAACCAGGUCCCUCCUUGUACUGCAGUUCCCUUGGAUCAGUCCCCUCUCUGUACUGCAGUUCCCUUGAAUCAGUCCCCUCUCUGUACUGCAGUUCCCUUGAACCAGGUCCCUCCUUGUGCAGUUCCCAUGAACCAGGUCCCUCCAUGUACUGCAGUUCCCUUGAACCCGGUCCCUCCAUGUACUGCAGUUCCCUUGAACCAGGUCCCUCCAUGUACUGCAGUUCCCUUGAACCAGGUCUCUUCUUGUUAG